AUGGCGCAGCUGGACAAAGGUCUGGACGCCCGGCAGCAGAUGAUUGACGCGCUCAAAGCACAGCUCAGCAAGUCCGCCGCGCUGCCUAAAGCCAAGCCUGCAGCAGUGUUCCGACAACCGGCGGCCUCUCCAGUGGCCGCUUCUGGCUAUGGUGCCGUGGGCGCCGUAGCUAUAGCCCCCUCCUCUUACUUCUUGCAGCCACGGCCGCAGAUCCUGCAGCCCCCAGUCCGAGUGCCGGUGGUGCAGCCGCAAAUGCAGCUGCAGCACCUUCAGUCAGUGCCCCAACUGCAGACCUUUCCCACGGGGGCUCCAAGCCCCCAGAUGAUGAUGGCGGCCCCAG